AUGUCAUCGUUGCGUGUGCGCACGAAGAACAAACUCAUGACGGCUUUAGGCGCUGCCAAGCCCAGUAUUAACGUGGCCUUUGAUCUGGCCUACUCAGACUUCGAGUCCACUCUGGAACGACUCGAAACGCUCGACUCGAUGCUAAGAAAUUACGCCGCCUCGAUCAAGACCUUUCACGGUGUGGCAAGUUUGGUGGUUGGCGCUAUUGACUGUAUGUCAUCUGGAGCUACCGACCCUGCAAGCUACCAGCAGAAACCUAUUGGAGUUUCGGAAAUGCAGCAGUUUGCUGGCGAUGCUCAAGUAACCUGUACGGAUGUGGAUCUAAUGGUGCUUCGAGAAACCUAUGGUCGACUGGAGCAAGAAAUGCUGGUUCCCGUGAAGAGCUGGCUGCAACAUGCCCGUAGCCUCCAGAACGAAGCGAAGGCCUUUCAGGAGAAGAAAGCACUCUACGAUCACUACUCACGUAAGGUGGUUGCAUUGCGUGAAACACACGAGAAGCGAGCGAUGAUGGGUCGAAGCGGAAGGACCAAGGAAAUUGAACGCAUGUUUCGCAAUGAACAGAAGUUGGCAGCUACGACGCAGGAAUACGUGCGACAAUCGGAUACAAUUAUCCGUAGUCUGCGUGCUUUUGUCUUGUCACGAGAUGCUGCGUUGGCACCACUGCUUCGUCGUGUGCUACGAGGUCGUGCCAUGUACGCCGAGCGUAUGCAUGAAGCAACCGGUCUUAUGAACGCGUUGAUUGAGGACAGUGCAGAAGAAGGUGAGGAUGAUGGUGUACUUAGCCAUUAUAUGACGGUUGCGCAAGGUGGUGACCGUGUCGGGUCCGCAGCGAUCAUGGCAGCCGCUAUGUCUCCCCAUUCAACCUACGACACAGUGCACAAAUCAUCAUGUAAAGCAUUUGGGGGCGAAGAGCCUUCGCACGCGUCAGCUCACAACAGGAAGCACAAAUCUGCUACGAAGUCUUCACCUGAAAACGAGAAGCAAAUGCCACUGCCGACGAAUGAAGGCGAGUCACUGUACAGACCACCGCGCGGCAUUUCAAAGCUGAUGACAGCAAAUAUGCCUACAGACGCUGCCGCCAACAGAUAUGUGCGUGACGAAUUCCCAGCGCCGGUGUUAUCGAAAAGACCAGCCAACGAGUUGUCGCCGUGCAGUCCGGCCAUGGCACCUAGUCCUUCCCUGUCACGAAUCACCACGACAAAAUCCUGGGAUGCCUUUCCCGCAGCAUCAGCUCCCUCUGUCGAUCGGUUUACAAAUGGAGAGUGGAGUUCAGGCCAACAAGCUUCCUGGCAGCAACAGCAACUGCCCCUGGCUAACUUUCAAGACAUGCACAUGAAUGCCCUCAGCGGUGAGACGAGCUGCUUCCGCUAA